AUGCCAUAUUACCUCCCCACCUCAGCAUCAUCGAUCUCCCAAUCUCUUGAUCACUCGAUCCUCGUCAACGAAACACUCACCCACUCCAGCGCAAGCUGCGACGCUCCCCAGCCCUCACCAUGGCGCGGAGCUCCCGCCAGCUCGUCCGCAAAUGCAGGCCCCAAACGCGCGCGCCAAUCCAAGCUUGCCAAAGAGAAUGACAUAACAGGCGACCAAGAGAACGAGAUCAAAGAAGUGUUCCAGCUCUUCGCCAAUGCGCAUGAAGACUUCUCCGGCGAGAAAGAAGGCGUCAUUCCCCGUGAAGACGUGCGCAAGGCCCUGGUGUUCGUCCGCCCGCCUACACCGAUAACCCACGAAACAGCACUUGGCCUCCCACCUACCAACUCAAAGGAACUAGCGGACAUCCUCUCAGCCCUCGAUCCAACCCUCACCGGCUAUGUUCCCUACGGCCCCUUCGUCUCUGUAUGCGCCGCGAAAUUACGCUCUCGCGACGACGACGCCAUGGUCGCGGAAGUGGACGAUGCCUACCAGCUCUUCACGCGCGGCGGGAACGGGCCGAUCUCACUGAAUCAUUUGCGGCGCAUUGCGCGAGAGUUGAAGGAGGAUUCCGUGGGUGAUGAGUUGCUCAAGGACAUGAUCCUCGAGGCGAAUGGAGGUGCGGGACUCAGUGCGGGUGUUACGUUGGAGCAGUUUCAUGAUGUUAUGACGCGGGCGGGUGUUUUCUAA